CGAGAAAAAUAAUAGGCCACCCACCCCAGACUUUCUUCUCCAUCUCCUUGUCGGCACCAAAAAUUAACCAGAAACUCAUUCUUCAUUCAUCAACCCAAAAAAAAAAAAAAUGUCCCAGGAAAAGGCUCACAUCUUGAUCUUCCCCUACCCCGCCCAAGGCCACAUGUUACCCCUCCUAGACUUGGCUCAUCAAUUAUCCAUCCGCGGCCUGGACAUUACCAUUUUAGUCACUCCGAAAAACCUCCCUCUCUUAAACCCUCUUCUCUGCAGGGACCCCUCCAUCCAAACUCUUGUUUUGCCAUUUCCAUCCCACCCUUCCAUCCCACCUGGUGUUGAAAAUGUCAAGGACCUCCCCGUUGGGGGUUUUCGGACCAUGAUGUACACCCUCAGAAACCUCCACAAUCCCCUUAAAGAAUGGUUCAAGAAUCAUGUUUCUCCACCAACAGCUAUCAUUUUUGAUAUGUUCCUGGGUUCGGCUAAUCGGCUUGCUGAUGAGCUGAGUAUUCCCGGGUACGUUUUUUCUCCCUCUGGUGGCUUGGCUUUGUCUGUUAUUUACUCUCUUUGGCGUCACAUGCCAAAAAGGAAAGAUCCCUCCAGCGAUGAAGAAAAUGUUCCUCUUCCGGUCCCAAAUUGCCCAUCUUAUCCUUGGUGGCAAUUAUCCCCUGUUUAUCGUAGUUUUGCCGAUAAUGAGACUGACCUCAUAUCGAAAACUAUUAAAGAAAAUUUGGAUGGGGACAUGGCCAGUUUUGGGUUGGUGAUCAAUUCAGUUUCCGAGCUGGAAGGGGUUUAUAUGGAUCAUCUAAAGGACUUUUUGGGGCAUCCCAGGGUGUGGUCUGUGGGGCCAGUGUUGCCACCUAGUGCUAGUGGUGAUGCAUCUGGCCCGGCUGAGAGAGGCGGGGCAAGCUCAAUUUCGGCUAGUGAAAUUUUAACAUGGCUGGAUCAAAUUGAGGAGGAUCAUUCCGUGAUUUACGUGUGUUUUGGGAGUCAGGCUGUUUUGACAAACGAGCAAAUGGAGGCCUUGACUUUGGGUUUGGAGAAGAGCGGGGCGAAAUUUAUUUUGUCUGUUAAGGGAGCUACGCAGGGUCACGAGGAAAGUGAAAAGUAUGGUCUAAUUCCACCAGGAUUUGAAGAAAGAGUGGCUGGGAGGGGACUUGUGAUUAAGGGUUGGGCUCCACAAGUUUUGAUUUUGAGGCAUUCUGCAGUUGGUGCAUUUUUGACACAUUGUGGGUGGAAUUCUGUUCUCGAAGGAAUUGGGGCUGGAGUGCCUAUGUUGGCUUGGCCUAUGGGUGCUGAUCAAUAUUCUAAUGCUACUUUGAUUGUCAAUGAGCUUGAGGUUGGGGUUAGAGCUUGUGAGGGUGAUGAAAAUGUGCCAGAUUCGGAUGAAUUGGCAGGUGUUCUGGCUAAAGCUAUCUGUGGAUUUCAAGAAGAGAGGAAAAGGGCCAAGGAGUUGCAGAAGGCAGCUUUUGAUGCCGCACAAGAAGGUGGGAGUUCGUUCAAGAAUUUGGACAAUCUGGCGUUGCAUUUUUCUGAAGAGGCUUCAAAGAGACAAAGUUGUUGACAUGGAAAAGCCGGUAUUGAAAGUUGGUUUUUGAUCAAACAUUCUUUCAGAAAAUGUGGUGAGAUGGAGUUUAACUGUAGCUCAGGCUUGCAAUUGAAUUUGAUGAUUUAGUUUCUGCUUAUGCAUUUCUUAUAGUUGUGGCUUGGCUAAUUAUGUACUACUAGUCAUACUUUUGUGUUGCAGACUUUUGCUUGCA